CAGUUUACGUGAUAUAUAUUUUUUCUUUUAUUUAGGACACAUACUUAUCUCCGCUUAUCAUUCGCUUUGUUUGCUUUCACGCUCAGCUUGCGUAUCGUUCGCACAGAGUCUUCCACAAGUGGUGAAAGGAUUGCGUAGGAUUACUGCUGAAUAAAAAGAAGAAGUACGAAUAUUAUCAGACAUAACAGAGGAUACAAAUUUGAAGAUUUUAAUGUGAGAAGAUGUUGUACGAUGAAAGCAAUUUUACUAAUACAAGUGGAAGUAAUCCUGGCUCAAAUGAUCCGAAAUCAGGACUGUCGUACGUCGAAUUGGUUUUUAUAUGGAUGGCUGGCGUCUUCAUUAUCGCAGUAUGCAUCCGGUGCCUCUGGUACAGGUUGGUGUGGAUGUUGUCCUAUUGUGUACCUGUUCGCUUUCGACCCCGAAGGAGAUUAGUACCGACCAGCAAUCAUAGAAGUCAAAGAUUUGCGGAGGAUGGACACUUGCCCAUUAUCCGAAGAUUCAGCCGCUCGUCGACGGGUUCUUCAUCUUCCUCUUCUUCUUCUUCUUCUUUCGCUAACUUCUUCCGAAUAAUGCAAGGUUCCUCGGUCAGUAACUUGGACAUUCGCGAGAUUCUAAGGAGGUCUAUUCAAAGCCCAGCACGUUUAAAUAUUAUCAAAGAAGAGGUUCUUUUGUAUGGUCAUGACAUCGUUUUUCGUGAACUACUUAACUUACAACCCGAAAUAAACGGUACGAUGAUUCUGGAAGCCUGCCGACUAUUGGAAAUAUCGUCACUAGAAAAUGCGUCCAAUCAGCUGGAGUAUAUAAAACUGAUGGAAUUUAGGGAAACCAUGGAUGUUCGUUCCGUUGAUGGUUUAGGCAAUACGCCGUUGCAUUACGCUCUCGAGAGAAAUUACUACGAAGCUGCAAUUCUACUUCUCAAGGAAGGUAGUUACCUCGGUCAGGUGAACGAAUCCAACAACAUCGUUAUCGCAAAUAUUCCAGAAUUCAUAUUGUCUAGCUAUUUUAAUGACUGUAUUCAACUGAAGAAAGAAUGGACGGACGAGUGUACGAUCGAAUUCGACUAUCGUUGCUUGAUGCCGCACGAAAAUUUCAAUGAACAGCAAGAAAUUUCGCGAGCGACCUGUGAAAUGGAAGUAAUUUUGUAUAUCGCCAAUAACGACACUCUAAAACAUUUGUUGAGACAUCCGUUAAUCUCGUCCUUUCUCUACAUUAAAUGGUACAUGAUACGGAAUGUUUUGUACGUAAAUUUUGUUUUUUACACAAUGUUUUAUUUCUUCGUGAACGCCUACAUACUAAGCAUGACUUACGACAUAUCAAGUAGAAAUACGACACAGCAAGUAGCUAACGAUAGUUCCAAUACGGUGUAUGCAAGUACUUUCCUUACAUUGCAAAACAAUCUAUCGUGGGUUUUUGUCAUGGGGAUGUUGCUGCCCUUCACCUAUCGAGAGAUCUUGCAAUUUUACUCCUGUCCCAAACGCUACUUGGUAGAUUUGGAAAACUGGUCACAAGUUUUGCUAAUGGUACUGACUCUUGCACUGCUGUGCGGCGCAGGACGGCAAAUCGGAGUCAUGGUUAUCCUGCUGUCCACCUGGGAGCUAAUGACUCUGAUAAGCCAUCAUCUGUUUCCGUCCACUUGUAUCGAAAUGUUUCGAACUGUCUUCUUCAAUUUUGUUCGGUUUUUCUUCCCGUAUCUGAUUCUGAUCUUCGCAUUCACUCUAGCUUUCUACAUGCUCUUGAGGAAUGACGAUUUCUCUAAUCCCGGUUUUUCGCUUUUCAAAACCAUCAUUAUGUUCACCGGCGAGUUUGACGCCAAAGGCAUUUCUUUUUCUGCGUAUCCUGUUUGGAGCCGCAUUGUGUUCGUGCUGUUCAUCUUUCACAUAGUCAUCGUGCUGUUUAAUUUGCUUAAUGGUUUGGCAAUCAGCAACAUUGCCGAGAUUCUGAAUAAGGCCGAGAUUAUGGGACUAAUCUCCCGG